AUUAUACUGACUACUCACUUGCAGAAGCAUAUACAGUGCACACAUAUUGUCGAAUCUCGAGUUAAUAUAACGAGUAUGGUACACGCAGAGGCCGACUCGGGUGCGGGUAAACACGCAUACAGCAACAAAAAGAAAAAGGAGAAGAAGCGUCAAAAAGAAAAGGAUGCAGGUAUCAAAGUUGAGCGAACGAGUCAGUUCGUCGAUGGGGCUACAUUGGACUACUGGCGUCAGGUUGGCUCAACCCUUGACGCGGACGAGUUCCCAGACGCAGAGGACAAGUCGAUGUUUGUCUCAAACGUCUUAACCGUGGCCGAUGGGUCUGAAACCCAGCUGUGUCGCGACAAGGAAAUCUCCUGCAUCCUCGAGAAGCUCCUGUUGAAUUGCACACACUUCCAGAUCCGUGUGUUCACCGACCGGCUCAUGGGGCAUGUCAAGGACCUGGCUGGGGAUAAGUUUGCGUCACAUGUCAUACAGACCCUCCUGAACCUGUUGCCGGGUGUGCUACACGCCGAACUGAGCGGCGCUUCGACCGAGGGAGACGAGUCCGAGCGCGAUGGCACUAGCGAGACCGAAGGCCAUCUGCGCACGGGCGAGGAACUGGUGCUGGCUAUCUGUGACGAACUCAAGGCGGAUAUUACCUACCUGUCACGCGGAGACUAUGGGAGUCAUGUGAUCCGUGCGCUGGUGGGGCUGAUGGUGGGUGGGGGGGUGCCGAACGAACUCAUGCGCAGCCAGUACUCAAUUGCGUUCAGCAAGUUCCAGAAGACGGAGACGCACACCAUGGAGAAGGUCUUUGCGGUCCCCGGGUCCUUUGAGCCGGCCAUGCAUGCGCUGAUACAGCCUGUGUGUGAGAACAAAUACCUCACAAAAGACGCCACGCACACCACCGCCAGUGGGGUGCUACAGGUGUUGCUGGCGGCGUUGCAUCGCACGGAUGCCGCGAUGUGUGAGACGCUGAUUCUGCGGUUGCUAGGCAACGGGAGCGACGUGGAGACCGAUGAGAACGGCGAGAUGAUCGAGAGCGAAGAGAAGGAUGUGGACGAUUUCGAGGUGGACAUGGACCGAGUGACCAAAUUUCUGAUAUACGAUCAGAUCGGCUCGCAUGUGAUGGAGCGCAUCCUCAGCUGUGCCAGUGCGAAGCUGGGUUACAAGCUGUACCGAACUCUCUUCCGCGGGAGACUCGAUAACCUGGGCAAGCACCCGGUGGCCAACUAUGUGGUCCAGAAUAUGAUCCGCGAAAACAAGGACCCUGUGGUGACCAGUCUGAUCCUUACCGAGUUGCAGGAUCAGUUUGAAUCCGUGAUUGCGAGUGGGUGUGUGGGCGUGGUGGUGCGGCUGGUCGAGGCCGUGGCGAAACUCGAGGACAAGAAGCUGCACAAGGCCGUGUUUUCGCAUGUGAUGAAAGCCUUUCACAUGAACGAUACGGCGCAGCAGAAGCAGUGUGUGAAUCUGAUCACCACACUCACCACCCAUGACGCCUACUUUGAGGAGGGCAAGGACAUGUCUGAGCUUCCUUUGCAGCUCAACGGUGUCUUGCUUAUCCAGGCGCUGUUCACCUUGAAACCCCCGCACAACGAUCUCCCGGCCGCCUCUCUACUAGACCUACCCGCAGAGCAGUUGUUGAGUCUGUGCAUGCAAUCGCUGGGCAGGCCGGUAGACACCUUCCUCGAGUGCACCGUGGAUGUGGGCAAGAAAAAUAAGCUGAUGAAGCUAUUAAAGGGCUCGUACGCGAAGCUGGCGAUGGACAAAUACGGCUCGCGAGUUGUGGAUGCGUGCUGGGCCGUGGCCGAUCUCAAGCUGAAGGAUGUGCUGGCUGCGGAGUUGAUUAAAAGCGAGGUGGCGCUCAAGAAAGAUUUCUAUGGGCGUGUGAUAUGGCGCAAUUGCCGGUUGGAUCAUUUUAAACGGAAACGGGACGCGUGGGUGAGUAAGGUGAUCGCCAACGAGCGGAAGAAGGGGAUGUUUUCGGAUAUACUGGAUGAUGAUACUGCCAAGGAGGGUACAGAGCCGUCUGGCAAGAACAGUAAGAGCAUAAAACGCUCGCAUGAUGAGAGUAACAACGAGAAGGAGACGGUCAAUGUGGACUUAAGUACUGAGAUGGACAUGGAUGAUAUAUUCGGAGAGACGGAGAAGAGUAAAAAGGCGAACAAGAAGCGUAAAGGAAAGGCUAAUGAGAAGAAGGCAGCGGAGCGGGCGAAGGCGAAUGCCAGUGCUACAGUAGAUGUUGUAAACGAAGCGGUGGUUAGUAAUGGAGAGAGUGGGAAGGGAUUAGAAUCUGUGGGUGUUAAAUCAGAGAGCAUGGAUUCGGAUCUGCUGGGUGUGUUGGAUGCGAUUAAGGGGUCCAAGGGGAAGAAGAGCAGCAAGGCUAAGAAGGAGAAGAAGGCUGGUGACAAGACGAAGUCGGUCAAGUCUAAGUUUACCAUGAACUAAACACACCCGGCUGGUGAGGUAUAUAUAUAUAUAUAUAUUGUACAGUGCAUAUUAUAUUUAGAAGUAACGCAUAAUAAAACCGAAAGAGUUAGUAUACUGAACGUAUGGGUGGGCAACCAAUUACGUACACGACCCGAAAGUGGCAUCCCACCGGAACAAAAAUAAACUGGUCCAAUCGAACCAUCGCAAG